UUAACAACACUGAUGUAUCGGGAUCACUACAAUUUAAAUUUCUAUACGAUAUAAUGGCCCUUUAGACCAUAAAUACCUACAGUCAACCAAUAAAUUUGCAUUCUUCGUCUUAUAUUCUCAUGUUGCCAUCUCAACCAAAAUCAAGACGAAGGGGAGGUGAGAGAUCUAGGAGUGGCUGUAAGUCAUGCAAAGCACGACAUAUCAAGUGCGAUGAGACGAGGCCCAAUUGUCGACGAUGCUUGAUAAAGGGACAGGUUUGUGGCGGUUACUCAACCACAAUUGGAGUUCAGCAGGUUGGCUACUCUUCACUCGUAUCGCAAAUAACAGCAUAUGCUAUUCCGUUUCGUAUCCCUGGGAGCCAACAAGAUCGGCGGCUGUUUCAUUAUUUCUGUGUCCGAGGCGCCGACGACUUGACUGGCCACCUGACCUCGGACUUCUGGACUCGUCUUGUGCUACAGUACAGUCACGAUCAUAUCUCAGUUCGUCAAGCUCUGGUUGCUCUUAGUUGUGCUCAUCAGUACUAUACAACGACUGAAGAUAUUACCGGUUCAGCUUCUACCGAGGCUACGGUAAACUACAGUCGAGCUAUGCGAUCGCUGCGCAAGUAUAUGAGCGCUGGCAUUGAUCAGCAAAGUGUGUCGACACUUGUACCACUCAUUUGUUCAGUGAUCUUCUUCAGCUUUGAGAAUAUGCAAGGCAACACUGAGUCGGCUCUACGGCAUCUUGAUAGCGGGAUUGCAAUCCUAGCCCAUCAAAGAGAAGCAGAUAGCACUUCUCCUAAUAAUCGUGAUCACGAGGAGAUAUGUUUGCUAGAGCAGAUGCUAACUCGACUAGAUCUACAGGCUAGUAUGUUCGACGAUGCUCGGCUACCUCUUCUCAGGCCAACUCUCAGGCUGGAGUCCGAGGUAUCAGCUUACCAGGCAUUUGAAAGCCUUGGCAACGCACAAGCAGAGCUAAUAGGAUUGCAAAGUGGCAUGCUGCGCUUCUUGAUGAUUAAUAAUACAUUUAAGUUUUGGUCAGAGCACAAUCUACCAGACGAUGUCAAGCUUGAAAAGCAAGCGAUUGAAGUCGCGUACACGGAAUGGAGCAGAAAGUUCGACCAACUACUUCACGCACAAUCCUCUCGAGUGCGUGAAACACUGCAAGAUCCAGCUAUUACGAUUUUACGCAUUCACUACCUCACAUUUCGUCUUCUCCUAUCGCAUAGUUUUCCUCAUGAUCCAGCUGUUUUUAGCGGACCAUCUAAGUCCACUAGCCACCACACGCUCAAUGAAAUUCUCGACCUAAUCGAAUCAAUAACUCGAGCUCGAGGAGCUGGUAGCCGAUCAGUUGGGGCCGAAGCAGGCAUCAUCCCGCCCCUCUUCUUGGUCAUCGCGAAGUGUACCGAUCAUGCUAUUUUCAAGAGGGCUCUUGAUCUCUUGUUGAGCAUGAGUGGUAGUCGUGAGGGUAUGUUCAACAGUCGGGUCAUAGCUGAGAUAGCUAUGCACUUUGCGUCACAGCACCAGACACCGCCUGGACCCGUCGCGCUAGAAUGGCAAGCUACCGAUGUCUUCGAAGAAAGAGUUAAUGGGUUAACUGGUGUAGCGCGGAACUUAGGCAUCGUUCCUUGACAUGGUUUAAAUGACUCUAUGAUAGGAUUGAAGAAGUCUAUGUAGACGCAGGGGAGGCUGUCUAAAGUAACACUGACACUUUCAUAUCGACGCCCCAGCUAGCACUGUGGAUUCCCGAUACCUAAAUAAU